UGAGAGGGGUGGGGUCUCAUUUGUCAGGCGGCUUCCUCCUUUGCCGAGACCCAUGGAAAGGCGACGAACGCGCUGGAAAGGCACCGAAUAAGGGCUGGCGAUUGCAACUAACUUCUCGGCGACUGCUGCUGAUCUGACACUCCUUGGAUAAUGGGAAGCGUGGCGGAACCGCCACCCUGACCGGGCGGUGAAACGUCCGUAUGGAGCUUUUUCUAACUGAGGUGCCUUGAUGGUGCGUCUAUUAAAGUGAAUGAUUUGGCUGGAUGGCGCGAUGAAGGAAACACGGCGUCGCCCGCUGAAGACCAUGAUUUUGGGAGCUACUUUGCAUGUUUUCUGCGUUAUUUGCGCCAUACACGGAGCCAAUCAAAUGCAAGGCACUUAUACAGGAAAGAAAGGAGAAGCCCAUCUUCCUGACCACCUAGAUCCAGCUACCAUCAAGCCCCCUAUCAUUUCAGUGGUGUCCCAGCCUCACACGCUUAUAGUUCAGGUGCUGUCUGAUGAAGAACUUUGGAAGGAGAUAGGUGACCAUCUGGAGUACAGAGUCCUUUAUAAGAAGGAAGAAGAGGAGAGCUUCAGGAUAUAUAAAAACUUCAGUUACCGUUUCACCCAUCUGCCUAUUGAAGGCCUGGACGCAGGGGUGAAGUAUUGCGUGAAGGUGAUCUAUAUAGCUUACAAUAAACCCCUCAAUGAACCAAGCAACCUUGAGUGUGCCUUUGUCACAGAGCUCGAAGAUACCAAGCGCAUGCGAGACGCGGUGGGCAUUGCAGUAGCUGUGAUCCUGCUCUGUGUUCUGGUUCCAAGUUGCUUGUGGAUGGUUGGCAGAAACCAGAAGAGACUGAAGCAGGCUUUGAAACCGCCGCUCAGCGUGCCCCUGCACUUCCAAGAGUUCCUCAUGGAGGACUUUGACCCAUCCCAACCGUCGGUGGACGCCAAGCACUGUGGCUCCAGUACUGAGGAGGUCUGGGACACUAUCUCGGUGGUGUCUACAGGCAACUCUGCUGCACAUAAAAUCCACUUUGUAGUGGGUGGCUCCAUGCCAGAAGCUCCAGGGAAUCAGGAGCAACCCCUCCUAGCACCAGGCCAGGACGGAGAGGACGAGAUCAGUCUGAACAAUGGCUCCUUAUGACCAGGACCUACUUAUGCGAUGUGUCGUUUGCCUGUUGAGCCGGAAGCGUGCAACUCGCUGGUCUCUCCGCCGAGUGGGCAGGAACUCAGGGCCCAGUAUGCAGACCUGUGCAUUUGUAGAUGGUGGUGCUGACCUUGGCUUCGCACGUACCAAGCAUCCGUUAUUCGCGGCCAUGCAGCAAGCGUGGCAUCCAAUGGCAGGGUCUGUCUUCAGGUCAAUGCGCCCGUGCCCUCACUCCUAAUAACUCCAUUUUGGCGUCAUCCUCGUGCUGACGGAACACUUUGUUGAAGAUGGUAUCAAUUUCCAAGAAGUAUUAUAUUUUGUGCCUUUAUCAGAAGCAUAUUACUGUGUGCGUUUUCCCUUACUGCUGCAUUCGAGAUGUCUCCCCUCAGGAUUUAUAAAGUCCCUACAAGGAUAUAGAAACUUUUGGGCUGGAAGAUGAUAUCCAUCUCCUCUUCUCUCAUCCCUUUGCACAAACAGAGUUGAUGGAGGGCAGGCUGCCCAAACCAGUACUAGUAACAAAGUGGGAUGCAACUCUUCCAGGAACUGUGCAAAAAAUAAAAGCUUUCACUCAUUUAGUUUA